GAAGUCGACUUUUAUUAGGUCUUAAAUAAAUAGAAAUGUCAAUUGUUAAAUAACAUUUAAACAUAUUUUGAGAAGUAAAAAGAUGCAGAAAGGCAGUAAAAUGUCAAGAAAAGUUACAAAUAUAGAAAACUCUUCAGAUAAACAAGUAAACAAGUUUCACAAACGCACACAAAGUGAAGCUAAUGAGGGAAACUGCCUUCGUGGUUCGUGUCCUCUUUUCCCCCUACAAACACUUCCUCUGUAACUCGAGAGUCGGCCGUAAUCCUCCUAUUAAAAAGCCUUUCAGGGAAAUUCUCCGGGAAUGUUUUGGCGUCUGGAGGAAGCGCGCGCGGCCCAGAGGAGCCAAUGCUGACAGCCUGACAGGAACAAUGCCGCUGCUGCUUCUGCUGCAGAUUUUCCUCCACUUCCCUUCAUCCUCGACACUUUGUGACCCACGAGUCAGAGGGCUGUGUCAGCCAACAGUGGAAGAAACGCCUAAAUGCACAGACAUCCUCCUGUCCUACUGCUCCGACAUGGCCUACAGCCAGACCACCUUCCCCAACAUCAUCGGCCACAGCACCCGGGAGGACGCAGAGGCCAGCGUCGAGUACCUCCUGAUCAGCGUGGUGGAGUCUCUGAUCGGGGGAGACUGUCACCUCCAGGUGCGGAUGUUGGGCUGCUCCGUUUUGGCGCCGCGCUGCGAGCGGGAGAAGGCGCAGAGGCCCUGUCGCAGCGCCUGCGAAGCUGUGCAGAAAAAAUGCAGCCGUGCGUUCGAUGGGAUAGACAUGGCGUGGCCUUACUUCCUCGACUGUGAUCGCUUCUUUGUCGGGCACCCAGAGGGAUGUUUUGACCCGCUGGAUGACAUGAGAGAGCAACAGGAUCAGGGCGAUGACGCCUUCCAGGUUCCUCCCUCAGAAGACCCCGCCGCCUUGAUGCAGUUCACCUAUCACUCUUACAAUGAGAUGAUCGACCACCUGAAGAGGAUUGAAGACCGCUGCCCCGGCGUUGCCAGGACCUACAGCAUCGGCCGCAGCACGGAGGGCAGGGAGCUGCUGGUGGUGGAGUUUUCCGACAAUCCCGGAGAGCACGAGCUGCUUGAGCCGGAGACCAAGUACGUCGGCAACGUUCAUGGAAAUGAAGUCCUGAGCCGCCAGCUGCUCAUCUACCUGGCUCAGUUCCUGUGCUCGGAGUAUUUGAACGGGAAUGAGCGCAUCCAGAGCCUCAUCAACACCACCCGCAUCCACAUCCUGCCCUCCAUGAACCCCGAUGGGUACGAGGUGGCCACAUCCGGAGGCAACGAAAACCACCACAGGGACAACACAGAGCUUGGCAGAAACAACGCCCAGAACAUCGACCUGAACAGAAACUUCCCUGAUUUGACCUCCAUCGUUUACAGAAGGCGCGGACAAAAAGGCCACCGUACCGACCACAUCCCAAUCCCAGACUUUUACUGGUUUGGUAAGGUGGCACCAGAGACAUAUGCCGUUAUGAAGUGGAUCCGCUCUGUGCCGUUUGUGCUUUCGGCUAACGUCCGCAGUGGAGACCUGCUGGUUUCGUACCCCUAUGAUCUGUCCAAACACCCUCAGGGGUAUAACAGCUUCUCCCCAACCCCAGAUGAGAAGGUUUUUAAAUUCCUUGCAGGGACAUAUAGAAACGCCCACAAAACGAUGUCUAGCAGAAAUGCAGCUUGUGGUCGGCGAGGAGCAAACAGCCAGACAGGGAUCAUAAACGGAGCGCAGAGGUCCAGUUUUGCAAGAGGCAUGCAGGACUUUAACUACCUUCACACCAACUGCUUUGAGGUGACAGUGGCGCUGGGCUGUGACAACUUUCCUGAUGAGGAGGAACUCUUCCUCAGCUGGCAUGACAAUCAGGAAGCUUUGAUGGCAUUCUUGGAGGCAGUCCACCGGGGCGUCAAAGGAAUAGUAAAAGACGAGAAUGGAAAUGGAAUAAAAGGAGCUCAGAUUUCAGUCAGAGGAAUACGGCACGGCGUUACCUCAGGUGAAAACGGGGAGUACUGGCGCCUCCUCACGCCCGGCAUCCACAUCAUCUCCGCCACCGCCCCCAGCUACACCACAGCCUUCAAGAAAGUCCACCUCCCCCCCAAAAUGCGUCAAGCGGGCCGCGUCGACUUCGUCUUGCACGAAGCUGUGCCAGAGCCUGAUGCUCGGGAAGGAAACGACGCCCUCUCAACGAGAGAGGCCUACGAACGCUUUGACCCACACGACCAAUACGAGCGCUACACCCACAUAUCUGCAAUCAGCCAACGCGGAGAAGAACGGGCAAUAAAACCCUGGUGGUGGAGCUACUUUGCCUUGCCAGACGCCCCUGCGCCCACCUGGCUCCUGAAAAAGUAUUAAAGCUCACACAAGAAGCAAAAUAUCCACUUAUUUUGAACUUGCAUGCGUUUAUUGUCACAGCUAAAAUGCUGAUGUCAGCACUUUGAAUUCUAAAUAUUCCCACCUUUAUGCAACUUCAGAUAAUAAUUAUGCUUUAAUAAAGGUGUUUUAAACUCAAA